UUCUCAUGAACUGAAAUCUCCGCGAGAGCCGCUAAGGCUCUGGUAGUUUCACAAAACUGUCCUUGCGCUUUCUGCAUUCGCCCAGUCAAGGGUACCUUUGCUGGAGGUCGGAGCGACGCUGUUAGUCCUGAUGCGAUUGCAUAGCAACACCCAGCGGCUCUGAGAGCGGAGGGGGAAGGGGAGACAGAGAAGAGGGCAGUAAGGUGGGAGAGACGGAGGGAGAGUGUGCCUCCAGCAGCUGGCGGCAUCCCUGUCUCAGGGACUCCUUUGCUGAUUCACAGAGGCAGCCCCGCGCCGGCCUGCCAGCUCCCAGUUGCAGCCUGCUCCUCAGACCUGUCGGAAUCCGAAGAUCCCAAACGGAUUUGACCAGGGAACGCUUUUCUACAUGGAAAACACUUUAGCAGACACAGUUUUGGGACUUGCGGCUUAAAAAUCCCGGAACCAAAAAAAGCUGGGAGAAAUUGUCACAUGGAAAAAAACUUAUCAGAUAAUCUAGUCCAAUACUGCCUUUUUAAAUGCGAGAAAAAUUGAGAGGCAAAUCAAAUUGUUCUCCUUUUCAAAGCUGGUGCUUAUGGUCAACGGUCGGUGCACUGCCCAUUCUCACCCCCCAUGAGCCUUGGUUCUGAUGCAACCUAUGGUCAUGCAGGGAUGCCCUUAUACCCUCCCACGAUGUCAUGAAUGGCGGGCAGCUGACCAGUUCCAUCACAGCAGCAGCCUCCGAAGCACCUGCCCCCAGCCUCAGGUUAGAGCUGCUGCUACCGCCCCUGUGCCUCCUCAGGAUGGUGCUGGGGGUUCCUGCCUAAGCCCAAAGCUCUUCAACGGGUCUGUUGGUGCCGCUGGACCCCUAGAACCACCAGCCAUGAAUCUGUGUUGGAAUGAAAUCAAAAAGAAGUCUCACAACCUCCGUGCUCGCCUAGAGGCCUUCUCAGACCACAGUGGAAAGCUUCAGCUCCCUCUUCAAGAGAUUAUUGACUGGCUCAGCCAAAAAGAUGAAGAAUUGUCAGCUCAGCUGCCCUUGCAAGGGGACGUGGCCCUGGUGCAACAGGAGAAGGAGACACAUGCGGCCUUUAUGGAAGAUGUCAAGUCUCGGGGGCCCUAUAUCUACUCUGUGCUGGAGUCAGCUCAGGCCUUCCUGUCCCAGCACCCAUUUGAGGAAUUAGAGGAACCUCGUUCUGAGAGCAAAGAUACCUCUCCCAGACAGCGGAUCCAGAACCUUAGCCGCUUUGUGUGGAAGCAGGCAACAGUGGCCAGUGAACUAUGGGAGAAGCUGACAGCCCGCUGUGUGGACCAGCACCGCCAUAUUGAGCGCACUCUGGAGCAGCUGUUGGAGAUCCAAGGCGCAAUGGAGGAAUUAAGCAAUACUCUGACCCAGGCUGAGGGAGUCCGAGCCACAUGGGAGCCCAUUGGGGAUCUCUUCAUUGAUUCACUCCCUGAGCACAUCCAGGCUCUUAAGCUGUUCAAAGAAGAAUUCUCCCCCAUGAAAGAUGGAGUGAAAUUGGUGAAUGAUCUGGCCCACCAACUUGCCAUUUCUGAUGUACACUUGUCAAUGGAGAAUUCCCGAGCCCUGGAGCAGAUCAAUGUCCGGUGGAAACAGCUACAGGUGUCAGUUGGCGAGAGGCUUAAGCAGCUCCAGGAUGCCCACCGCGACUUUGGGCCUGGGUCACAGCACUUCCUGUCCUCCUCUGUGCAGGUUCCCUGGGAAAGAGCAAUUUCACCCAAUAAAGUUCCUUACUACAUCAACCACCAGGCUCAGACCACUUGCUGGGACCAUCCCAAGAUGACGGAGUUAUACCAAACCCUGGCCGAUCUGAACAACAUUAAGUUCUCAGCUUACCGCACUGCAAUGAAGCUACGCAGAGUCCAGAAGGCACUGCGUUUGGACCUGGUAACUUUAACCACAGCCCUGGAGAUCUUCAAUGAGCAUGAUCUGCAGGCCAGUGAGCAUGUGAUGGACGUGGUAGAGGUCAUUCACUGCCUGACGGCCUUAUAUGAACGGCUGGAGGAGGAAAGAGGCAUCCUGGUCAACGUGCCACUCUGUGUGGACAUGAGCCUCAACUGGCUCCUCAAUGUUUUUGAUAGUGGUCGCAGUGGGAAGAUGCGGGCAUUGUCCUUUAAGACCGGCAUUGCAUGCCUGUGUGGCACGGAAGUGAAGGAAAAAUUGCAGUACCUCUUCAGCCAAGUAGCCAACUCAGGCAGCCAGUGUGACCAGCGCCACCUCGGCGUCCUGCUUCAUGAGGCCAUUCAGGUGCCUCGGCAGCUGGGGGAAGUGGCAGCCUUUGGGGGCAGCAAUGUGGAGCCCAGUGUCCGUAGUUGCUUCCGUUUUAGCACUGGGAAGCCAGUCAUUGAAGCUUCACAGUUCCUAGAGUGGGUCAACUUGGAGCCCCAGUCCAUGGUGUGGCUAGCUGUUCUGCAUCGGGUCACCAUUGCUGAGCAAGUGAAGCAUCAGACCAAGUGCUCUAUCUGUAGGCAGUGCCCCAUCAAGGGCUUCAGGUACCGGAGUCUGAAACAAUUUAACGUGGACAUCUGCCAGACCUGCUUCCUGACAGGCAGGGCCAGCAAAGGCAACAAGCUUCACUACCCCAUCAUGGAGUAUUACACCCCGACCACAUCCAGUGAGAACAUGAGGGACUUUGCCACAACCUUAAAGAACAAAUUCCGCUCAAAGCAUUAUUUCAGCAAACACCCUCAGCGAGGUUAUCUGCCUGUGCAGUCGGUGCUGGAGGCGGACUACAGUGAGACGCUGGCUUCUUCCCCGAUGUUGCCACACGCCGACACACACUCCCGCAUUGAGCAUUUUGCCAGCAGGCUUGCUGAGAUGGAAAGUCAGAAUUGUUCCUUCUUUAAUGACAGCCUGUCCCCAGAUGACAGCAUAGAUGAGGACCAGUACCUGCUGCGGCACUCCAGCCCCAUUACAGACCGGGAGCCAGCCUUUGGACAGCAGGCCCCAUGCAGCAUGGCUACAGAAAGCAAGGGGGAGCUAGAGAAGAUCCUGGCCCACUUAGAGGAUGAGAACCGAAUUCUCCAGGGAGAGCUGAAGCGCUUGAAGUGGCAGCAUGAGGAGGCUGCCGAGGCCCCCACCCUGGCUGAGUGCUCUGCUGAGGUAGCACAGGACCACCGCAAUGAGGAGCUCCUGGCUGAGGCCCGGAUCCUUCGGCAGCACAAGAGCCGCCUGGAGACACGCAUGCAGAUCCUUGAGGACCACAACAAGCAACUGGAGUCUCAGCUGCAGCGCUUAAGGGAGCUGCUCUUGCAGCCACCCACCGAAUCAGAUGGCAAUGGUUCUGCAGGCUCGUCCCUAGCUUCCUCUCCACAGCAGUCAGAAGGCAGUCACCCCCAGGAGAAGGGACAGACCACUCCAGAUACUGAAGCUGCAGAUGAUGUGGGGUCCAAGAGCCACGAUGUCAGCCUGUGCUUGGAGGACAUCAUGGAGAAGCUCCGCCACGCCUUCCCCAGUGUGCAAAGCUCUGAUGGGACUGCCAACCCCCUGUUGGCCUCCUAAUGGAGCCAGAUCCCCAUCCUAUAAUCCACAGUCCUCUCCCAGUUCUGGUCCAAGUCUUCCUUCAUGCCUUCACCCAACCUUUCUGGUCCCUCCCGGGCCCACAUUCCUCAGCCAGAGUUAUCUGGGCUCGGGGCAGCAGCAGGGAUCUGCCCAUGUGUGAAGUGGAUGCUUCAGGGCUGGGGGAGGGAGAGGCAUGAUUCCCCCAACUCUAGAAACGUGCCCUUUAAUCCUCAAGUUUGAGACCAGUCCCUUACGUAUGUUUCUGUCGCGGUGCGGGCAAAUGGCGCUUGGAGGCCAUUAAGAUGGGGAGCAGAGAAGCUGCCUUGCAGAGCUAAGCAGUGCCCCUUGGCCCCUUUCCCUUUUCCAUGGCAUUAUGGAGAUAAGGAAGCCGCAUGACCCCAUGGUUCCAGCAUUAUGAACCCACAGAGGUUAGCCCUACUCUCUGGCCCAACUCAGGGAGGCAGAAGGGUAUACCCAAGACACAACCCCCCACCAAAAAAGUGUCCCUGAAAAUGUCUGGGCAGCAUGUGUCAUAUUACUUUAGUUUGACGGCAUCUCUCUCUAGCCAUCCUGAUGCUCCCUAGAUGUUGUUUCCCCUUCGAAUAUCUUCAGUUCCUUCUGCCUCAGGCCCUGGCCGCCCUUCCUCAAGUUCAUUCUGAUUCUUAUUUACACCAUACAUUUGGAAACAUUAAAGAGAUACUUAUGAGCUUAGUUCACCCCCCCCCUUAGUUCACCGCCCCCACCCCUCCUCCUUCCUGAAGGCCUCAGCCUCCUGAGACACCAGAAAUUGCUCUGGGAAUCCAGCUGAAGCCACCCUUAGCUCUUCCGGAUCUGCCCUCACAGCCCUGGGGCAGGGGCAGCUGCUUGCUCAGCAAGGGGGUCUUGCUCUCCUUGGGUGAGGAAGGGGAAGCCACUCACUAGCCUGGAGGAGUGUGACUGCCCAACACUCUUGCAGGCUGUGACCCUUGUUUCUUUCAGGCGGAAUCAGAUGAGGCGGCUGAUUGUCCCCAGCUAAUCACAAGGCAGAUGCAAGUGGCAGCCCUAAAUAGUGGUCCCUUCCCAGGAACCACUGGCCACAAAUCAGGAAGCUGGCCACUUCCCACCCAGACAACAGCAAGGCCUUCCUUUGCAUAAAACUGUUCUUUCUAACUCUGGAAGGUGAACCCGAUCCUCAAAGUAAACUAAUUCUUGCUAGGCUGCCUAGACCAUAAUCCCUUUAUCCAGAAACCGUUCAGAGUAGA